GCUUUUCGUAUCGCUUGACGUUUGGUCAGAACAUGUCAUUUUGCACAUUUAAUUUCGACAAAUGGCAGACUUCUUUUUCGGUUUCGAUGCAACACUUGAUCAGAGCGGUUUAGAAGAUGGGCUAGAUUGCCCAUUAGAGGAGGAGGAUGUUGGAGAAGAGGAAGAAUACGACGCUCUAAAUGAUGAAACAUUUGGAUCCGAAGCCACUAUCGGCGAUUGGGAAAAAGACCAUGAAAAGCUCGCAGAAAUUACAGAAUCCAGUCGUCCUCAUAACCAGAGUACUUCAAGUAAAAAAAAUGGAGUCAAUACAGAUAUCGAAGAUAAUUUAUCACACCUUGUGCUGGAUGAGAAGGAAGGAAUUGUUCCCCGUCCUGGAGUAUGGGACAGUCCAUCUAAUUUGUCCCUUCCAAAACCCAGACCACCAUUGACAUUACCAUCGCCUUUAACAAAUGUUAGAACGGUCAAAGAAUUAGAAAAAGGUCUUAUCGCAAAUAGACCACCUCCAGGAUUGGCGAAACCUGGUCAGUUGCUACAACAACAACAGCAACAGCAACAGCAACAGCAACAGCAAUUCGAUGGAUCGUUUCUUUUCGACUGUUUAUCCACCCCAUCGCGAUUUCCACCAGGGUUGAAUAUACCACCCACGCAUCCUGUUGUUUUACCGCCAGAUAUGAGAUUUCCACCACUUUUACAACAUCCUAGAUUAUUAUCUAAUCAAACUGGAAAUGUACUGAGGUACCCCGUAGCGGCGCAUUUAAUGUUACCGCCACAUGCUCCCCAGAUACAGCCAAUUCAUGGUCCGUUUUGCAAUAAUUUUCCUCAACCUCCGCAUUCGAGUUUAGGGCCUCCUCUGUUCUUACGACCGGAACAUGGAAUGGUACCUUCUUUUUCUAAUAAUCAGCCCAGUCAUCAGCAACACCAACAGCAUUCUUUUCCUCAUCCUGGAAAUCAAAGAAUCCAAAAUAGGCCUUUUUAUCAUGGUGAUCAGCAAGGAAAUCAACCAUUUUUUAAAAAUAAUCAACAUCAUCGUAUGCACGAUCGAAAUUUUCAGCGGCAAUACCAUUAUUAUCAUUCUCAAGGAAUAAAUGGAGUAAUUAAUUCAGGAGAAUGUGACGAAUAUGCUGGUCUUAUGAGUAGUCGGGAAAAGCAAUGGUUAAUCAAUAUUCAAUUAUUACAAUUAAAUACGAACGAACCGUAUGUUGACGACUACUAUUAUAUCGUUUCCUGCGAUAAAAAGAACAAACAAAUUGCAAAACAUCCCAAUAACAAUAACAAUAACGGCUAUCAUAGAGAUUCAAGGGAUCGAGACCAGUCAAAUCAUCCUGUCCUUACCAGGCCACUAUAUGUACCAAUGCAAUUCGAAAAUUCUUUGGGAAAAGUGCAGUUUGCCAGUGUAAUAGCACCGCGUAAGGUUAUCGAUAUGGAUGUUGUACCAAACAGCGAUCCACAAUCUGUCACGCAAAUGCAACAAAAAGAUACAAAAAGAACAAGGCAAUUACUGCUUGAAAUUGAAAGGUUAUACGUACUCCAAUUAAAACUCGAGGACUUGCACAAUCCAUUGGCCCUGCUCAGCGAACAACAAAGUCAGGAAGGGGAAAACGAAGCAAGUUCUGUUAAAAAGAGUAGCCGCUCAGAGUUAAUAAAUAUGGUGUUCUUGUCCUUGCUCCAGUUGAUACAAGAUGAUAAAAUAACGAGCAUGUUAAGCAUCCGAAAGGGAAAAAUGUUGUUGUUGAGGUUCUUGCCAUACAUAAACUUAACGGAAGACCGUAUUCAAUUAGAAGAAUUGUGGAAAGCAAUAUUUCGAGGGUUAGCUGUAAUAGGUCGUAGGGAUUCUCAUUUACUAGUGACCUUUUAUUCGGAAUUUCAACGUUGGUUCGCUACCGUGCAAGACUUCAAUACGAUACUUCGAUUAGCUCGAUCGCUAUCCGACUCCGCUGGUCAGUCGAUCAAGAACAACAGUUUAGCCUUUGCUCUCACGAACAAGUUCGGUGUAUCGGUAAUAGCUUCGAUGUUGGAAAAAGCGGAGAGCCUGUACCCUACAGAUGAUGCGCUGUCCGCGGAAUGGUCAUCUUUCGUAACAAACAUCAUCGAAAUAACUGGUGAAACGCCGCCUUGUGUCGCGCCUUGUCAACCCGUGGCUACAAACACGCUCAAUCAGCAUUUAAAUCGAUUAUCUCAUUUGAAAAGCGAGAGGUACACAACCUUAGAGCUUCUACUAACUGAUGCCAACCCUUCCCGAUAGUUGGUCGUUGUUAGAUGUUUUCCGUCGUAGUGUUUCACAAAAUUUAAUUUUUGUUACGAGUGAGAAACAAAUGCCGAAGGAGGAGAAUCGCAGAUAUUUUAAUAUUGCUACAUCAUUAAUAUUAAUCGAAUAUUUCUUACAUACGAGCAUAUUUUAGCAUGAUUGAUGUCCUUGUUUCACAGAGUAGACCUAUGCAUUUUGUCUUUAUUUUAAGCGUAGUAAUGUUGUAUGUCGGUAGCUUUUUGAUUUAUACUCGAGACAAUAUGUUUAACCUCGACAUGCUAUACAACAUUUGUUACAAAUGUUUUAACUUCUCUCGAACUGCGAGUCUACUGUGUAAAACUGAUAUUCGAUUAUAUCCGUCAUGUAAACUACACAUCCUAUCUUCCUACGAUCCUUGUUUGUAGCUUUUUCUUGUGUUUAUUUUUGUAAAAUACGUUUCUAGUUGCGUUUGCAUGAUAUUAAGAUAUAAGUUUAGCACUACCAUUAAAAUGUGAACGAUCUAUAGUCGUUCGUGAUCCAAUUUCUCCGCGCGUUAGCGCCGUAUCUUGCGAUCUCGAAGGUAUAUAGCAAAGAAUUGUUCGAACGUGUUUUGAACGUUACGUGAUUAAUAUUAAUCGUUAGUCGAAGGUACACCUUUAUACGGAAAAAGACGUGAAAUGAAACGUCGCAGCUGUAUACGCGUCUCAUUCAUUCGCCAUUUUUGUCAUUUUUUAUAUUACGCAUUCGACGAUGAAAGUUUUCACCGAAAGAUUGGAUUACUUAGUGCUUGAACUCAUGAAAAGCUAGACAAUAUAGGAUGUGUAGGCUUUUAACUUCAUUCAUUACUUUUGAAAAUAACAGUAUAUUAUCGUAAACAAUUGUUAAAAAAAAUCAACGUUUUUCCUAAUGAAAAGAAUUAUAUUAGACAUUACGUCAUCUUCGUGCAAGUAAGAUUACAUUUAAGGAACGCAUCGUUUAUUCGUUAGCAUUAUUUUUUUCGAGCCAAACUGAAGGCCCGAGGAAUGUAAUAACAGUAAUUGUAUAGAUUUCUACGUUGAGGGCAAAAAAAUAUUGCAACGUUUUUAUAUAACGAUUAACGUAUUAAAUAGCA